AUGCCUGAGGGUGCUCCUCCUCCAAAACGUCAAAGAACUGAGGAUGAACUAGAACCAGAAGCUGAGUGGUUGAAGAAAGUUAGCGGCGCGAUUGACCUACGCAUACAACUACCUGUAAAUCCCGAGUUUAAUAUGGAUGGGUCGAUCAUUGGAUUACAGAUCGAUGUUUCUUCACAGGUUUCCGACCUCAAGCAGCAACUUCAAGAUAAGUUGAGUAUGCCAACUGGAAAGCAGAAACUCAUUUUCGAUGGUUUCUUCUUGAAAGAUAACUUCUCGUUGGCUUUCUACAACAUGAAGAACCAGUCAUUCGUUAUUCUACAGGUCAAGGAGAGAGGAGGAAAGAACAAGUAA